AUGUGGUCCUUUCACGUCAUCAACCAACACCGUUCGUUACCGUUAGCAUCCAUUAGCUAACACAACGUUACCCGCUGCAGGGACUGAGGAAUAAAUGUACGGUGCAGGCGUCUAAACCCGGACGGCAUCCACCUUUUAGUGAUUUGUUUGUGGUGCUCUUUGGAAGGUGGUGAAUCUCAUUGUCGGAAGAACAUGUGGAGCUCAGGCCGUCGUGUCCUUCAGGAUCUGUUGAGCCAGCCGGCUGUCAGGAGUUUCUCUCUGACUCCUCCUCAGAACACUGUUGUGGUGGAGCGCUGGUGGCAGGUGCCCUUAUCUAAAGUAGGCAGACCGCCGAGGCUUCAUCCCCGACGACACCGGAUCUACAAGUUGGUUGAAGACACCAAACUUGCUCCCAAAGAGAAGAUGGAGCUCAUCCUGACUCAGACCGUACCCAAGCUUGGUGGGCGAGGAGACACAGUGUUUGUGAAAAAGUCCGUUGGAAGAAAUAAGCUGCUGUCCCAAGGCCUCGCAGUGUAUCCAUCGCCUGACAACAAACAGAUGUUUGCCGAGGAGUUAAGAAUUCUGCGUGAGGGGAAGCUAGAGGAAAGAAUCCAAACACGCACCGGACUAAUGACGGUGGAGAUCCUGAAACGCUCCAAGUUGAAAAUACACCAGAUGCCCGUAGAGGAGUUCCAGCUCAAUAAGGAGGUUGUCUGCAGACACUUUCAGAAGAAGCUCGGAGUUGUGGUGCCACCUCAUGCAUUGAGUCUUCCCUUUGAGUCAGUGAGAGAUGCCGGUGACUACUGGUGUGACAUUACAGUUAAUGGAAUGGACACCGUUCGUGUCCCCAUUUCACUGUUGCCGUACGAGGACCCGUCUGCUAGUUAUCAGCGCCAGUUGAAAGCAGAAAGGCAGCAAACAGAAGCAGAUAUCUCUGAGCCUGCUGCUGCUGCGGUGGAGGUGGGAGCGGCUGUGAAUGCUGUUCCUGAUGCUGAAGCAGGGAAAGACUCUGUGAGCCCAGUCAGUGGAGCUGCAGGAGAGGAAACAGCAGCUCGUCCAGAGACGAUUCGAGACACCACAGCACCACCAAGUGACAGCUCGAAGAAAGAUUAAUGGACCACAAUGAAGAUGUUUACUUAUAAUACAUGAUCAAAAAUACAUCAAUCAAAAUAGUGGUCUGCGUCAUUAUUUAUGCAAUUGUAUGAAUUUAAGUGAACUAUAUUACAGGUGAACCCUGAAUGAUGGUUUAAUUUUUGUGAUUUUACCGUAUAUUAUACUUGCAUCAUUGGGAUACCAGACACAAGCAAACUGUUGCAUUCAGAGGAAUGAAGUCAUAGAAGGAAACAGGUUUAUUCUUUCAAUUUUAACUGCACAACACGCUUAAGAUAUAAGGUAAAUAAAUGUUUUCUCAGCCAUUGGUAAAAUGCUAUGUGUGUU